CCCGUAACGUAGAUAUUCGAAUUAAUAAUAACAAGCUAAGUAGGUACUCGACUAGUGAGGCUAUUAUAUUAUUAGAAUUAUACAGGUUAAUAGUUAAAAUCGAAAUAUCGCGAUUUGCAACCCUUUUCAUAAUCGAAUGAUUCAAUUAGUACCCGCAUAUCUUCCCUCCCAUCACUAUUAUUAUUAUUUUUCUUUCUAUGAAUUAUCAAAUCUCAAUCUACCUAAUUAUGCACUAAAUCUAUGUUCAAUAGUAAAUAAUCUUUGCUCAGUUUCUGAAGUGUGAUAAAAUAUUGAUUUAUGUGGUUAUUAUUGAAUCGUGCACUAUUGUUUUUAUUAUGUACCUAGUUGCAAAAUGUGAUAGUUUGUAAAAAUUAUAGCUCCUUCCAAGGUUAUUUGUGAAGUUAUAUAAUGAAAUUAAUAUUUUCCUCUAAUUUAGUCAGGUGACACUAAGCAAAAUGUUCGUGCAGAAUUCCAAUCCACUGUCUUUGGCUGUGAAGCAUCAUUGGAAUAUUCUUUACCAAUGCGUAAAAUGUCUAUCUUCCCGAGCGCAAGCUCUACCAUCGGAUCACGAUGGGCCUUGGAAUGUGUACGUGCAGAAAGUGUCAAGUGGAACUCUAAGCAAGGAUACUCAUCAAGAAAAUGUAGUUCACCAUUUGCAACAAGUUUAUCAAGAAAUAGCAUGUUACGAACGGCCAACAGUACCUGAUACUUCUAACUCACUAUUUAGCUUCUUUAGAAAACCUCAAGCACAGAAAAUUAUUGCUCCAAAAGGCCUUUACAUCUACGGGAGCGUUGGCGGAGGAAAAACAAUGUUGAUGGAUUUAUUUUAUGAGACCGUGCCGAUAAAAGAGAAGCUGAGAGUCCAUUUCAAUUCUUUCAUGUUAAACAUACAUGCCAGAAUACAUGAAUUAAAAAUAAAAUCAGGCAAAGGUGCUAGCUCAUUUCGUGAUGAAGGAGCCAGGCCAUUUGAUCCAAUACCCCCGGUUGCAGCUGACAUCACACAAGAGUCAUGGUUAAUAUGUUUUGAUGAAUUUCAAGUAACGGACAUUGGGGAUGCCAUGAUACUCAAACGUUUAUUCACCCAGCUAUUUGACAAUGGGUGUGUUGUUAUUGCAACUAGCAACAGAAAACCAGAUGACCUGUACAAAAAUGGUUUGCAAAGAUCUAACUUUUUGCCAUUUAUACCUGUACUCAAAGCACACUGUGAUGUUAUUCAGUUAGACUCGGGUAUUGAUUAUAGACUAAGAGGAACUGGCAGCAAAUAUAGCAAAUACUUUCUGAAUAGUGAUGUUACUCCUGAUAAUGAUCCAGUAAAUAUUUUAUUUAAGUUUCUAUGUUCUAAAGAGACUGAUACAGUGAGGCCUAGAGUUAUUAAUAUAUUGGGCAGGAAUGUCAAAUUUGCAAAAUCAUGUGGUGGCGUUUUAGAUUCGACUUUUGAAGAAUUGUGUGAUAGACCUCUAGGGGCCAGCGACUACCUUGUUAUAUCAAAAACAUUUCAUACAGUGUUCAUUAGAAAUCUACCUCAGCUAUCUAUUUCAAAGCAUAGAUCACAAUUGAGAAGAUUUAUAACUCUUAUUGAUACACUGUAUGACAACAGAGUGAGGGUUGUCAUUGCUGCGGAUUGUGAACCGAAAGAUCUUAUGAAACUAGACCAAACUGAAGUUGCAGAUUCUGACAGGGCUCUAAUGGAUGACUUAAAGAUAACAAAAGACUCUGAAGAUGCCAAAGCUGCUAUAUUCACGGGCGAAGAAGAGAUGUUCGCGUGCGACCGAUGCCUUUCGCGUAUUAUGGAAAUGCAGACAGACGAGUAUUGGGAUAAGUGGGGCACGCAUAUUAAUUAAACCUAUUUUUAUAUUCUAAUGUUUAGCUAGUGGUUUCAUAUUGAGGAUUUUAAAUAUUCCUAAUAGUUAAGUAAUUUAUGCCGAAUCUAGGCCGGCCAAUCUACUCCCGAGUGUUUUCGUAUAUUGGAGGACAUUUUUGGCAGUUUUUGAAUGAAGAUGUUUUUAAAUAUUUUGAUAUGAAAAGCUAAAUAUAGUAAAAUUUAGAAAAUUUGAUUAUAAUGAAAUUUUCGGCUUCGAUACCUUCAUAUUAAAGCUCAUUCUACACAUUGUAAAGGGAAGUUGUAGGAGAUACUGAAAUUGCCAAAGUCUUUUCCCCCUAUUUACCUUUCGAUUAGUAAUCAUAAUUGAUAUUUAUAAAAUUGUAUUUCGAUCUUGGAAAAUAAUAAUAGUCUCGACGUUACCCCAACUAUUGUACGAUGCGAUUAUACUGGAUCACGAAAUGAGAGAUCUCUACGAUUUUGGAUGCAUUGAUACAAAUAUUUGCGAAUUACACAAACAUUUGUGUUGUUGCGGAAUUGAACCAACGACCUCUGGUCUACACAUAGCCGACUGCUCUCAUCCACUAACCAAGGAGUUAGUCAAAUAUAUUUAAUAAUGAAUAUAAUAAAGUUACUAGUUAUUACAUAGUGCAUAAUAACAAAUCAAGUAUUAAAUCACAUUCUUUAUCAAUCAUAUUACCUGCAUUGAAGUAUUUAGAUAAGUCAUUAGAAUAAUAAUUUAUUUUUGUUUGUGUUUGGUGUGUAUUUUAGAUGAGUUUUAAAAUAACAGUAAUUAGGUUCAAUAUUCAAUAAGACAUGGUAAAAGUGGAUUAUUUGGGUGGAUUUUCGAAUGCCAUACUGGAAUUUGAUGUCUGUCAAGUGAACAAAAAGUAGAGGCUCAUACAGAGAAACGCGGUACCUUUUAGGAUUUCUACGGUAAUGGAUGAAUCGUUGCAAUGUCAGCGAUACCUGCGACGAACACGUGCUAAUUUUAAUUUAUAUGCCUCAUCAUCAUCAUAUAUCUUUGUCCACUGCUGGACAUAGGCCUCCUCCAAUAUGCGCCAUUUUACCCUGUCUUCGGCCUGUCGCAUCCAGUUCUUACCAGCGACCUUUCGCAGAUCGUCACUCCACCUAGCUGGAGGGCGUCCUACACUACGUUUGCCGAGCCGUGGUCUCCACUCAAGAACUCGUUUACCCCAUCGGUUAUCGGUUCUUCGACAGAUAUGCCUUGCCCACUGCCACUUCAGUUUGCUAAUCCUGUGUGCUAUGUCGGUGACAUUGGUUCUCUGACGAAUGACCUUGUUACGAAGUUUAUCCUUCAGAGAAACUCUGAGCAUAGCAUGUUCCAUAGCUCGCUGAGCGACUUUGAGCUGGUGGACCAGCCGUACUGUGAGCGUCCACAUCUCGGCACCGUAGGUCAUGACAGACAUGACAUAGGACGCACUGGUUGAAAACCUUCGUUUUCAGACAUUGUGGUAGAAGUGACGAGAAAACCCGACGCAGUUUGCCAAAUGCGGCCCAGCCCAGCUGGAUUCUCUUUUUAACCUCCUUCUCAAAGCUGUUUUUUCCUAAUUGCAGAAUCUGCCCAAGGUAGGUGUAUUCCGAAACAACUUCGAGAAGGUGCCCAUUGACAACGAUAGGUCUUGGAUCUAGGUGGUCAUUGAUCAUAAGUUUUGUCUUAUCCAGAUUCAUUGUUAGACCUAUUCGCUGUGCGGCCGAAGCUAGGCUGUUUAGCAUCUGUUGCAGUUCCUCCAGUGUUUCUGCCAUUAUCACUAUGUCGUCUGCGAAUCGCAAAUGCGAGAUGUACUCACUAUUUAUGUUAAUGCCCAUACCUUUCCAGUCCAGAGUCUUUAACAAAUCCUCCAGUGCGCUUGUGAACAGUUUUGGGGAAAUAACAUCCCCCUGUCUCACCCCUCUGCGCAGCUGAAUGGGUCCCGACUGCUGGUUCUGUACUUGGACACACAUAGUGGCAGAUUUAUAUAGACAUCUCAGCACUUCGACAUAGCGAUAAUCUACUUAACAACGCUGUAAGGAUUCCAGGACAGCCCAGGUUUCGACAGAGUCGAAGGCCUUCUCAUAGUUCACAAAUGCCAAACACAGGGGCCGAUUAUACUCCUCGGAUUUCUGUAUAAUCUGCCUCACUGUGUGUAUGUGAUCUAUGGUACUGUAUCCUCCGCGAAACCCAGCCUGUUCCGGGGGCUGAAACUCGUCGAGUCUCCUAGCGAGGCGAUUCGUGAUAACCCUGGAGAACAACUUAUAGACGUGGCUCAGGAGUGAGAUAGGCCUAUAAUUCUUUAGAAGGGUUUUAUCCCCCCUCUUAAAGAAAAGAACCACCAGACUCCUACUCCACGCCUUUGGAGUUCUCCCACAGUGUAGAACGGAAAUAAAUAGAAAUUUAUAUGCCUAUGAUAAAGAAAUUAGUUAAUGCGCGUCGUGUCGUAUCAACUAUCCAAUAAAUACGCGAGGUAUGUAUAGUCAACAUGUUUGCUGAUGACUCAUUUAUUAUAUAAUCAGGGGACCUGUUCUGUCUACUAGGGCAUAUCCGCCUUUUGUUAUUACGGGUGUUCUAAUUGAAGGACGGCUUUGAUACCCAUACAGGUAACUUGUGGUACUGGUGGUAGGUCUCUCAUAUGUGAUAGUCCGCCUGGAUAGGUACCACCGCAAUGUCUAAAUCUGCCACCAAGUAGCAGUAGUCACUGUUGUGUGCGGGUUUGAAGGGAAUUGUAGCCAGUGUAACUACUGGACAUAAUAUGUCUUAACAUCUCAUUUCUCAAGAUGGCGAGCGCAGUGAAAUACCAAACAAUACUUUGUGAUUGAAGGUGUUGGAUGGUGUUUCUACUGGCUAUGGGUGGUCGUAUCGCUUACCAUCAGGCGAAAUAAAAAAAAAAGAUAAAAUAGUAAAAAAAUCCCCUAUUUAUCUGUAGAUUCCAAAGUGGUCCUACGAUUACAAUGACCGUGAUUUCAAAAAGUCAAAUUUGUCUCUGUUGACGAAUUAGGGCCCCCUGACUAUAUGUAUAUUAAAUUAGAUUUGAUGUACAGCGCGCCGCGACUUUGUAUGAGUCUAUAUUCUAAUUAUUUCAUAAAGGCCCGUAGUUUGGAAUCAUUGUUCGGGUUGGUUAGCUAAACAUAAUUAAAUAGUUGUACUAAAAGCUGCAUUAAGUAAUGUUAACUAGGUAUCUAUCUAUAUUACAUUUUAGGAGCCAAAAGAUUAUAAUUAAUGCAUCUUCUGCAUCUACGGGUCCGAUAUUUGCAAUAAUUUUACAAUACCCAUUACAAAAUGUUCCUGUUUACGGUACAUACGAGUACUUUAGGUUAGUUUAGAGGUAGCCGGUGAGGUACAUAGCUCCCAGAACUGAUAGCAUUUGGAGUAAGUAAUAAGUUAGUUAUGCCAUUCAUACGGGUAAAACAACUUUGUAUGUAAAGAUGAGCAAGUAUGUUAUACAACAUCGACGAAAGGAUACGGGUCCAGCAAUAUGUGCUUCCGGCUUUAGACAAUUUUCUUAGAUAUUUUUUGCAACUGAUAAUUAUAUCAUCGUAUAGUUUUAUAUUUUAUAAAUAUUUAUUAUAAUCGUUAAUAUAUUCAAUAGAUGUAGAAUCAAGGAACUGAAUUCGAUAAUGUAGGUAUAAAUAUGUAAGACCCUUAAAUUGAUGGAUUGAAAAUUUGGCUAAUGUGGUUUGGGUUAGAUAAAUUUUGUUUUUGGACCAUCAACUUUAAAAAAAAUUAAGUACCUAUAUAGUUUUACAUGAUUUGUCUUUUUCCAAUUUAAGGGUUAAAUAUUUAUUAGCGAACUUCGUUAAUAUUAUUUUUAUAUUACUAUUUACAUUGUAUUUCUAAAUCAUUUUGUAUGUUGAAUAUAUUGGUUAUCUUUAAA